AUGUAUCUGAUACCUUUCCUCGAAUUGGAGUUUGGAAGCAAAAAUAUGAUUAGGGAUUUUUCUGAUCUUGAUAUAAAAUCUCCGUCUGUUUAUGGUAUGAGGCCUCUUCUUGAUUUUGAGAAGACAUGCUAUCACAAGGCUUUGACUUCUCAGCAAGAAUCAAUUUCUGAGGCUUCUGAUGUUGCUGAGUUCUUGUCUAAGCUUGAAGCAUCUUGUGGUUGUGAUGUGCCUAGCAGUUUGAAGGCUAGUUUGUUGAAUGAAUUAGUUAUUAAGGUUUUGAAGGAGUUUGCUGAUUAUGAAAGUUCUUCUGAUCCUCAUAUUGCUUCUCCUGAGAUGGCUGCUGAAUCAGGAAAUGUAAAUGGUUUUCAUCAACCUCAUGAUUCUCAGGUUAAUGUUGAGAAAGUUGAAAGAGCUUCUUCUUUGGCUAAGGAUCUCGGUGUUCCUUCAUCUUCUAAGAAGCAAGUUACAUUUGGUUUAGCUGUUCCUCCGAAUGAUCUUUCUCAGCCAUAUGAUCUUUUUCAUAAAAGUGUUUGUCGAGGUCAUCUUGUUGGGAAAUCUUCUUCUCAGUCAGUGCCUGCACAUGUUGUUGAUGAUGUAAUUCCUGUUGCUAAAGAUCAUGAUUCUAAUGUUUUAGCUGGUGGAUUUAAUUCUCGAGAUCAUUUUUUACGAUAA